AGCCACUGUGCUGGGCCUAUUUGUUUAUUUUUUAAAAACAUUUUUCCAUCACUCAUCCAGGUCCCAGAGCAAACUCCCUCUGCUCUCAGAGCUUGACACUGGAUAUGUAUUCCACAGUUUCAUUACCAGAUCAUACGCGCUAAGAUUUCUCAUCCAUAUAUAUGUGGAUGCCAUCCUUUCUAAAAACUAAACAUGACCUCCUAGAAUGUUCCUAUUUAUCUCAUUUUAUUUAGCAUCAGCUCAAGAAACUAAGUCUUACUGUACAUUGUCACAACAAAGAAAAAACUUUGUUUUUAUAACUGGUUAAAAAUAAGAAAAGAUUAUCGUCAAAAUGAAAAUACAAAAUUAGUAAUUUCUCACUGAAGAGUAUGCCCGGGAGCCUCUAGUUGUUAAAAGAGGAUAAUAUUACUCCUUCUUAUCAAAAAUUCAUAAUGCCAUGUGAUUUUUAUGAUACUUCUUCAAUACAAAGGGUUAAUAUGUAUCAUCACUGUAAUAACCAACAAAAUGCCACUUUAAGAAAACUCUAAAUUUUUUAUAAAAAUGUAAGAAAUGGGGAGUAAGUGUUCACAUCAUUAAAAGGCUUUGAAUUGACUGCAUGCUACCCGCGCCGACCCCGCUCUGCCAGCUUCGCACGCCCGCCCGCGCCCACCAUGGCCACAGUUCAGCCCCUGGAAGGAAGAUGGCGCCUGGUGGACAGCAAAGGCUUUGAUGAAUACAUGAACGAACUAGGAGUGGGAAUAGCUUUGAGAAAAACGGGCGCAAUGGCCAAGCCAGACUGUAUCAUCACUUGUGAUGGCAAAAACCUCACCAUAAAAACUGAGAGCACUUUGAAAACAACACAGUUUUCUUGUACCCUGGGAGAGAAAUUUGAAGAAACCACAGCUGAUGGCAGAAAAACUCAGACUGUCUGCAACUUUACCGAUGGCGCAUUGGUUCAGCAUCAGGAGUGGGAUGGGAAGGAAAGCACAAUAACAAGAAAACUGAAAGAUGGCAAAUUAGUGGUGGACUGUGUCAUGAACAAUGUCACCUGUACUCGGAUCUAUGAAAAAGUAGAAUAAAAAUUGUAUCAUCACUUUGGACAGGAGUUGACUAUGAGAAUGAACAAGCUCAGUUCAAUGAGCAAAUCUUCAUACUAUUGUUUCUUUCUUUUUUUUCUCAUUACUGUGUUCAUUUAUCUUUAUCACAAACAUUUUACAUGGAGCUAUUUCAAAGUGUGUUGGAUUAAUUAGGAUCAUCCCAUUGGUUAAUAAAUAAAUGUGUUUAUGCUAAUAAAAAAAAAA